AUAGUUCGCUAGCUGCUUCAACACGUCGUCGCAGUCUCAGUACAAAAUACAAGCACGAGCAUAUUUAAGGCCAUCGCGGACGCCUUCACCUCGCGCGCGCGGGCCCUUGGCUCUCUGGGUUUCGACUCUCUUUGGCCUGUUGACAACGCUCUGUUUGGAUGCGUCUCACAAUCCUCGGCGCUCCUAUCAAUUACAGCUAGCUCUGCGAGCUGCUCUCACGACUUGCAUCGCCUUACUCUGUGGGUCGAGAUCCUGCUCGGCCUGGCUCCUUUCGCACGUCCAACAACGUCGUCGCAAAGCGCUCACGACCUUCUCACGGUCACCGCAGCCGCGGUGGACCCUUCAUCUCGAAGGAGCACUCAACCAAUCGCGAACCCCGAAGAGGCCAUUACUGCAUCGGGAACCAUGCCUACUGCACAGCAAGAUCCUAGAGAAUCAACGCCUCCCAGGUCGUCGCGAGAGUCGAGACGAGAAGCAGCCCAUUUCACGCCAGAUGAUCCCGGCAAAGUCUUACAAGCACGGAUCAGCCCAGCGGUGGAACGUGGGCCUUUGGUUGGCAAUGCGUUCAAUAGACCUUCGCAGAGAAAACAAGUCCUCGAUGCCUCAUCUCAUCGACCGCGCGACAUUGGUCUUGUUUCGUCAUCGCUCCUCGAAUCGCGCGUCGACAGUCAUGACCACGACCGACCCUCUUCGGCCCUGGCUCUGCACCCGGCGGAAUCAACGCACUCAUCUCCCAUUCGUCCGGCUCUGCGUCCAUGUCGUAGUGUCGACAAGAUGCAUCAAAGGCAAGCUUCUCUUCAACCCAUACCGGAGCGGCAACGACGAGACCUGGCGCUCGAGAGCAAUGUCACCCCGACCAGACCCCUUCGUCUUGGUCAACGAGCCAGCGUUGGCAAAGAGCUGCACAGCGAAUCCUCUGAUACUGAUGACGCGGCUGAACAUGAUCCGCCCGGCAGUUGCGGCCGCAUAUCCCGGAGAUCUUCUCGGGACGUACGAAGAAGUAGCUGGACGAGCGCCAAGCUGUCUUCGCCGCAAGGCUCGGUGGAUGAGCGUUUGCUCCAUCGCAAAUCUGCACUCUCUGUCCUCUCGAAUACACACUCUUGCUCUCGCACCUGCGAUAUGACGAAGCCCAGCAUGUCGAAUGCUACCCUGCACUCGCGUAUCGAUUGCUCACCUCUCGACGAGCACACAGAAUCAGGUUCGCGCUCACAAGCAGCACUCCUCUCGGCUCUGCUGGCCGUGGGAGAUGCUGAAGUGGCGUUGCGCCAGGCUCGCGAGGCUCUUGAGACCGCCUUUGCACAUGGACAAGCACAAGCCAGCUCGCAAGUGCCUCGCAGCCGAAGCAAGCCAUCCUCAUCCACCACAAAUGGCAACUCUCCGUUCAGAGAUGUGCUCUCCAUGCCUGCAAGCACGUCCAUAAGUAAUACAAGCCCUGACGUGAUUACGCAGCAAAGCCAGCGCGAAGCCGACCACAAAGAUCCGGCAUCUCCGCAGUCCUCCGCUGCUGGUUCGACACCUCGAGUCGUCAAGUCUUACGAGUCUCUCAGCUCAGCAGCGGUUUCUGGUCAAGGCACUUCGUCCAGCGUAGGCGUCGUCCAAUCUUGUGAGCGCACACAAGCCAUUGAAGGACAGUUCGCAGCAUCCGUCGCGUCGCCUACCGUCUUGGCACGUGCUGCAUCGCUCCUUGAACGACGCCAAAGAGAACGGGUAAAGGCUCAAAACGCCAUGCUUGAACGCUUCGGUAUGGGAUCAACACCGUCUGCAAUCGCAGAAGAAAUGGAGAAUUUGGCGCCGGCAUCUGAGCAACGCAAGACUACAGCCGAACGUGGAUCUGCCGCUUUUCACCUCAGCUCUGCGCAGGUGCCGUCCCUGCUUGCUAUCGAACUACCCAAACGCAGACCGCCCCACGCAAAAGAUGCACCGACGCGCGAAGACCCUGAUAGUGACUCCUCUAUUUACAGUCUCGGGCCCGACAGCGGUCUUGCCACUGCACGUAUCACAGAAGCUCUGGCUCGCGCUGCUAGCAUCACAAGAAGGGGUCAAGAGCACCAGCUUGAAGCGCGACAACACGAGAGGCAGGGUGCCGACGGCGCAGAAAUAGCUGACGGUCCAUCGCUCUCUGCCGCGAGCACCGAAGAUGAGUGCGUAAUGAUCAGCGCUUCUCUGACCCCACGAGACGCAUCCGACAUGUCGCCAAGGCAAAGUCCAAGCAGGACUGAAAAUCGCGAGAGCACUUGCGCGACACCAUCACGAAGACACUCCAUCAACGUAUGGUCCCCCGCAUUCAAUCCGGACGAAUCACCUCACCAGCUCCAAGGUCAUCCCUCGCCAGUCUUUGGUUUUGAACUGCGAUCAGGCAGGAGCAGCAUGUACAGCCUCAGCGCGCUUUCAGCACAUGCGCACGCCAAUCGAACAUCGAUACGUCUUUCACAGAACUUCAACGGUACGGCAGACUCCGACCUCGGCAUCAAGCGAGAUUCCAAACUAGUAGCUGGAUCAGCCACGACGGGCUCGGAUCUAGGCACCGUGCCGAGCUUGAAGGGAGAGAAGCCCCGUCAAGAUCCCCUUGACACCGUGUGCGACGCCAGGCCUAGCAGCGCUCAGGCGCCUGCGAGCUCGGAAAGCUUAGUUGACGACGACACUGAUGAAAAGCUGUCAGCAGCCCGCGCAGAUCUGCAAUUUGGCCAUUCGCGCCCGUCCAAUGCGAUUCUCGAGAGUACAGAGGAUGUGGAGGGCAGCAUUCCUGACGAGUCGGAUCAAAGCAUUCCGGAUGCGGCUCUCUUCCGGCCACAUGAACUCUCGCAAAUCGUGGAAGUGGACGAGCCCAGCAAGACGAUGUCGAGUCGUCUCUCUGUGACUGCAUCCGUGACAGCCGAGCUAUCACGCAGUUUUUCGCGCUCGACUGCACGAAAUGGAGGAAAGCGACAAUUGAGCUGGACGCCCGUAUCUCAAAUCGAAGCUGCUGAUUCCUCUGCGCGUUGCCCUCCGCCUCCCUUGGAGCUCGAGGAGGCGAUGCUGCGGGCUAGCAUUGAGCCCGCCUGGAAGACGCCUCCGGCUUGGGCUCGGCAGGAUCUGCCAUGGGAAGAGCUACGUGUAUGCUACGACACGGCCGAGGUUGCAGGCACAGUUGACAGCAUGCAACCAGCACCGAAAGUAGCGAGCUCUCACGCCGUUCCGUCCUCCGCUCGUGAGAUCAAUGCCGGAGAGCUCGGUGGCCAGGAUGAUGCACCUGCGGAGCACCACGCGUCGAAAACUACACCGCGAAGAGAGCCGAGGGCAGUGACUUCGCUCAUCGACACGACCGGACCUACUCCCGAGUGUGCUCGAGUCCUAGCAGACAUCAUGGAUGACUCGGAACAAGCAGUGGGAGCUGGGCACUCCUCAGCAAUCGAUCACUCUGAGAUCGUUGGCCCUGCUUCGGACACUUGCCCCGAAGGCUGGUCGAUAUCAUCGCUAUCGCACUUUGCGGCGCCAACCGGGCUCAAUGAAUCGCACGCGCCUCCGAGCGAGCUGAGAAGAUCCGAUGCAUCCCCUUCCCGCCUCGGUGCCCAGGCGAAGCCUCUUCUUCGGACAAGGGGUCCAGAACUAUCUGGUGCGGGCGACACACGUGAGAAUAGCCUCGGUCUUUCGACGUCGCAGCUGGUACAGAGCCACUGGAGUUCUGACACUUCAGCGUUCAACAUCAAUGACAGCUAUGGCGGAUUUCAGCUCCGCAGCGAUCUUGCCACUCUAGCGGAGAACGGGCGCACCUCGUUGAGGCUGGAGGUGAGCGGCUCAGAAAGGGGACCCGGAAGGUCGUCGCAAAUCUCCAGCGCACACACUUCUGAAGGCCAGACGCGUUGGAGUCAAGAGUCAGCUUCGGACGUAGCACCAGAACGCUCCGAGUCUCGAGUCGACGAUUUGCAUCAUGGUCGCCAAGAAUCGACCUUGCCCCGAACGAUGCCAGCGCAAGACUUUCCAGGUCAACAUGGGCAGACAAAAUCAAGCUUGAUAUCAUCGAUCCUUCCAAAAGGUCUGCACGCGCGUGAGCACGGUCAUUUGCAAUCUUCAAGCGUGGAUUCUGCACCACCCAAAGAGCCUUUGCCCAAGACACCCACGCCAGUGAAAAAUCACCGCUUGCGCAAGUUGUCGCACAAGGUCUCUGACGUUGCUCUUGCAUCAUCGCGAUCGUCUAGCAUCGACACUGAAGGAGGCUGGCUUCGGAGUAGACCUUUGGGAGUCUUUCCCCAGGAACAAAGACAAAGCGCUCAGCCUCUCCUUGGAGCAUCCAUGUUCGGCGGAACGUCAAUGGCCAAGAAAGCGGCUGCCGCAAUGUCGGCUCAACACAUGAUGAAACAGCAUGUUGAAGGAUUACGAGAGUGUCAGUCUGCCUCGGCUCCGGUCUCUGUUUCCGCGCAACGCGUUUCAUCAGCCUUAUCAGUUGCUGUUCUCCCCAAGUCGAGCCACGCUGCUCCUGUGGUCGCCCCUUUGACUCACAAGGAGCCUGUUUUGCGAGCACGCUCCAGCUCACUUCAACGCACAGACACGCGCCACUCGGAUACCGAGCAGCUUAGAGACGACUGCUCAACCACAUCCGGCCUUUCUCUGUCGAGCAGGCCUGCGCGCGAAGUGCCUCCUGGCCGUUCGCUGUCCAACUGGUUCGCCCGACGCAGGCCGAGGACAUCGUCAGCUGACUUGCGAAGCAGCAUCACCAGACUUUCACCUACCUACCGCACACGCCGCGAAGAUGCCAGCAGCACCGUUGGCGGCGCAAUGGCGGAAAGUCGGAUGGGUACACUGCUAUUCUUCCCUGAGCCACCCGGUCGCAUGACGCCAGAUGGGUACCGCAAGGACGGCAGGGAACUGAUAUCGCCAUGCUCGCGAGCCUCCACUGAGUGCCAGCCGUCUCGGCUUGCGACAGCGUGGUCCACCGUGUCGGGCAAAGUGCGCAUCGAUCUCAGCAAGUCGGACCUGGCUUUGGCACAUCGCUCUGAUCGCAAGCGUUUUCCUUCGUCUGAAUCCAUCGCAGCAGCCAGCAUGAAUAGCUUUCGAAGUGUCGGUAAUCUGAUACGCUCCGCAUCUGUUCAGAGCGCUACUGCAAGCAGUGCCUCGACCAGGGGACCAGCUACCGGGAGCGGCGGCGAGACUUUAGCAUCGCUGUCGCCUAGAUCAGCUGAAUGGUCAAAUAUGCUCCAUCCAGAUAAGGCACAAAAGAAUAGAGGAAAUUCCACCAACGCUCUGCGAAGCAAGGUCAACACAAAGCCACGCAGCUUUUCUCUGCCGCUUGAGAAUCCAAUGUCGAUGGGGCUACAGAGUUUGCGGCCACACGCGGAUGUCAGACCGAUGUCGAGGGCUGAUUCGAUGAGCAGUCUGGGCCCUCCAAGUUCGGCGCUGAGUCCACCGAGCGGCGGCCGAAUGAGCAAGGCUAAGAGGACGGCAGCCGACCGAGGCCUGACUCUGAGCCCCACGGAGUCCAAUGUCGCUCUUCUGCAGAGAGUAAGCGCUGCCUACGGUUGUCGUUCCACAUCUAGUACACAUCAAGAGCCUUUGCGACCCGUUGGGAUGCCGGCCAACAUGCGAGAUCGCGGCGGGCUUAUCAGCCCAACUACGUGUCCUGAGCAGGUCCACUCAGCUCCUUUGUCUCGUCCGGGUGGAGCCGAAGAUGUAUCGACACUGCCAAAUGGGCGUCUAGUCAAUGUUGGCCUGAAUGCGCUUGACACUGCCUUCGACUCGGAGCUACCGGCUUACAGCAGACAUGCGGAGCAGCUGCCUAGCCGCAGAGAUUCGCCAGCAAGGAUGUCGCGAGUCUAUAGCCAACCAAGUACGCCUGGAACGUUUGGAGCUCAUGGGGCAGAUUUCAACGCUACCUUUAGAAGUCAGCAGGUAGCUCAAAUGGCCCAUCCACGACUCUGCUCCGCAUCGCCUCACGAAAUUGUCGACAGUCCGGCGCCGCUCUCUCCCGACUCUUGCCGCGCUUGGCUUGCGAGCGCUGACGUCUAGCCGACUCGAUCUGUGCUUGUUCUGCAGCUUCAUCGUGACGAUUUGUUCUUCACCUCAUGUCCAGAAUACCUGCAUCUAAAGACCAGAACAAAACGAC